GACAUUGAUGAAGCAUAGAGAAAGAUUGUGUUAUAACUUACAGUCAAAGGAUGUCGGGGGCACAAGGGGCACAGCCAAAAGAGUCAAAGACAGCAACAACGUACGAGUCAAAAGGAGGAGAGAACCGUACAAGGACUGAGUUGCGUUCAUGGGAGGAUCAAGGCUGCAUUCAGGUUGAAAAACAGCAGGAGAAGGUCCAUGAUCCUGCUGGCAAAGGUGGUCCUGUCUUUGGUGCUGGCAAAGAUGACAACAAACAAGACCUUGGAGUUACUGGCACGGGCUAGCUAACCUAUUGUUCAAGUACUUAAAUAUCGGUUUAAAAUUAUGUUCAAAAAACAUAUACACGUUGUAAUCUAAAAACGUUCUUUUGCAUGUGUUCCUAAACUAGUCUCUUGUCAUCAUGCUAGUGUUUUGUGAUGAGAGUUUAUGGGAGUGAAACUGUUUGCUUCAGUUAUCUUCCUUACCAUGUAUGUAUGCACUUUGUGUUCAAUCCAAUAAAGUGGAAGAAGAAAGUUGUUAAUGUACAAUGUUCUUCAUCACUUGCAUUUUUUUCAUCUUCA